AUGCUCGACCGCCACCUCGCCCCGCAGCUGCCCUACGUCAAGUCGCUCUUCCUCGGCUGGUUCGAGCCGCUGCGCGACGCCGUCGCCAGGGACCAGGACGUGCAGCGCCGCAAGCGGGUCAAGCACGUCUACGCCAAGUACCUGCUCCUGCUCCCCGCCGAGAAGGUCGCCGUCAUCGUCAUGCACAAGAUGAUGGGCCUCCUCAUGUCCAGCAAGGACGGCUGCGGCAGCGUCCGCGUCGUCCAGGCCGCCCACUCCAUCGGCGAGGCCGUCGAGCGCGAGUACAAAGUCCAGGCUUUCUUUCAGAAGACUAGGAGAAAAACUAGGAGCAAAACUGAAAGUGAAAAUGAUCCAGCAUUAGACAAGGAACAGGCAAAAUGCCGGAAACUUGUUAAGAGUUUGGUGAGGAGGAGGAAAUUGACUGAAGCACAGAAGCUUGUGCAACAGGAGAUUGAAUUGGAGGAGUGGGGCACAGAAGCCCAAGUGAAGGUUUGUUUUCCAGAUAGCAUACCUACAAUUACAGAGUUUUGUCUCAUAUGUUAUGGAAGGAGACUAAAGAAGAAGCACUUCGUGAUAGAGUGUGAUCCUCUUGUGCAUGAGGGGUUUGAAAGCACUGCUAGACACGUGGAGAUACCCUAUCUUCCUAUGCUGGUACCUCCUACAAAAUGGAAGGGCUAUGAUAAAGGCGGACACCUUUUUCUGCCUUCGUAUGUUAUGCGGACACAUGGUGUGAAGGACCAGAAGGAAGCCAUUAAGAGUGUUCCAAGAAAACAGCUGCGAAAAGUAUUCGAGGCAUUAGAUAUCCUUGGGGGUACUAAAUGGAGAGUGAAUAGACGAGUACAUGACGUUGUUGAGACUAUUUGGAGUCGUGGUGGGGGUAUUGCAGGACUUGUUGAUAAGGGAAAUAUUCCUCUACCUGAACAACCUGAAACAGAAGACCCAGAUGAAAUCCAGAAAUGGAAGUGGAGCGUAAAGAAGACAAAGAAAGCUAACCGUGAACUGCAUGCUGAGCGAUGCGAUACAGAACUAAAACUCUCUGUUGCUCGUAAAAUGAGAGAGGAGGAUGGCUUCUAUUAUCCUCAUAAUCUAGAUUUCCGUGGUCGUGCAUACCCUAUGCAUCCACAUCUGAGUCACCUAGGUUCAGAUCUAUGCCGAGGUGUUCUAGAGUAUGCUGAAGGGCGGCCACUCGGAAAAUCUGGUUUACGCUGGUUGAAGAUACAUUUGGCUAACAAAUAUGGCGGAGGCAUUGAAAAGCUUUCUCAUGAGAGCAAACUAGCGUUUGUGGAGGAUCAUUUGCCUGAUAUAUUUGAUUCAGCAUCAAAUCCUGUUGAUGGGAACUGUUGGUGGAUUAAUGCCGAGGAUCCAUUUCAAUGUCUAGCUGCAUGCAUGGAUCUUUCUAAGGCAUUAGAAAGUUCAUCACCUCAUGGUGCUGUCUCUCACCUACCUAUUCAUCAGGAUGGUUCAUGCAAUGGGUUACAACACUAUGCCGCUCUUGGAAGAGACUAUAUGGGCGCGGCAGCUGUCAACUUGGUUCCUGGAGAGAAACCUGCAGAUAUCUACUCAGAAAUAGCUGCUAGGGUAUUGGAUGUUGUACGGGAAGACUCAAUGAAAGAUCCUGCUACUGACCCAAGUGUUCCAUUAGCAAAGGUUUUAGUUGAUGAGGUGGAUAGGAAGCUGGUCAAGCAGACAGUGAUGACGUCAGUUUAUGGUGUCACAUUUAUCGGUGCUCGCCAGCAAAUUAUGAAGAGGCUUCAAGAGAAAGGACACAUUACAGAUGACAAAUUGCUCUAUGAUGUGUCCUGCUAUGCUACCAGGAGACAAGGACAUGCUGUAACUGUUGUUUCUCUGAUGAAGGUAACUUUGGAUGCACUAGGACAAAUGUUCCAAUCUGCCCGUGCUAUAAUGGCAUGGCUUGGUGACUGUGCAAAGAUGAUUGCUUCAAAAAAUCAACCAGUCAGAUGGACGAGUCCUGUUGGUCUUCCAGUUGUGCAGCCAUACAAGAAAUAUAAAAACUAUAUGAUACGAACUUCUUUGCAAUGUCUGGCUUUACGACGGGAGGGUGAUGCAAUUGCAACCCAACGGCAAAAGGCAGCUUUUCCACCGAAUUUUGUCCAUUCUCUUGAUAGUUCACAUAUGAUGAUGACGGCAAUUACUUGCAAGGAGGCUGGUCUUCAUUUUGCAGGAGUGCAUGACUCAUUUUGGGUGCAUGCAUGUGAUGUUGAUAAAAUGAAUCAGAUCUUGAGAGAGCAAUUCGUGGAGCUGUAUAGCAUGCCAAUUCUUGAAAAUCUAUUGGAAGAGUUUCAGACAUUAUUCCCAACAGUAGAGUUUCCUCCCUUCCCAGCACAGGGGAAUUUUGAUGUGAGAGAAGUUCUCACAUCUACCUAUUUCUUCAACUAA